AUGACUCGAACGGCAAAGGCCGCCAUUGUUGUCUUGCUGACACUCAUCGCUUAUGUCUCCAUCAACAGCAUAGUCCGCGCUACCAACCCCCGCGCUUUUGUCUGGUAUGAGGAGGACAAGGACGAGCGCUCGUGGAUCGCCAGUUCUCGUUCCUGGUUCGACCGCAAAGCCUGCCGCUGGCUCGGCAUUUGCGGUGCGGCGCAUAUACAAACCGUCCACGGCCCUUUCGGUCGGCGAAAUCCCGCAGAAUGGACAGGCCCCGGGGAUAGCGACGACAACAGCGACGACAACAGCGACGACGACGACAAUAGUACCGACCCUACUAAACCCUGGCAGUCCUACUGGUUCAGCAGCGGGUCCAAUCACUCCGACUGGGAUGCCGAUGAGCGGGAACGCCGGGAGAUCCCCGACUAUGUCUUCGACUAUGCCCCACUCGUCCAUCUAUAUUCCAAGGAACAAUUCUGGCCUGGCGACAUCGCUGAGCAUCUCUAUCACACUACCCCCCAUCUCAAUUACGACCCCAUUCAGUCUGAAUCGCAGCAUCCGAGUCUGAGUGACCUCGAUCAACUUAAUCAAUAUCAAUGGGGUCGUCCGGUCUUUUUGGCUAGCAAUGACGACCCCUUGUCCCGCCCGCCAUGGUUGGAGGGGGAGCAAAACAUUCCCGAAAUCGAUGAGAAGUUGGUCCAAGAAGAGGCAUGGGCUGACUGGGAUGGCCGGGUCGAUGGUCAAAUCCCUGGUGAAUCUGCAAAAGAUCGUAGUAUAUGGGACGACCUGCGACAUCUCGGCGAAAAGGGCAAUGAGCAAUGGUUUUCUUGGGGCUCGCGAGCAAACCGUAUUCUUCAUCUCGAGUUGCGCAAGCGCUUCGGCGGUCAUCCAAUCCAAGAGUCUCUGCAGAAGGCUCCGAAUGACAGCCCCCCUGGGACUGACAGCCCUGGAGGCCGCAGCGAUGCUCCAGCCAUUCUGGUCGUCAUGGACAAAGGUAAUGGCGUCGUCGACGCCUUCUGGUUCUUCUUCUACAGCUUCAACCUCGGAAAUACGGUCGCCAAUGUCCGAUUCGGUAACCAUGUCGGUGACUGGGAGCACUGCUUGAUGCGAUUUCACAACGGCAAACCGAAAGCCAUGUUCUUCAGCGCUCAUAAUGGCGGCGAAGCUUACCGCUACGAGGCUAUAGAAAAGAUCGGACAACGACCCGUGAUCUACUCCGCCGAAGGAAGCCAUGCCAUGUACGCCACAGCCGGGGUGCAUGAAUAUAUUCUCCCAUGGGGAUUAUUGCAUGACGUGACAGAUCGGGGUCCGCUCUGGGAUCCCUUGCAGAAUAAGCAAGCAUACACCUACGCCAACAACACUCUACGCGCAUCCACCGUGAAUCCCAAGUCACCAACGGAAUGGUUUUUCUUCCGCGGCCACUGGGGCGACAAAUUCUACCCGCUAGGCGAUCGUCGCCAGUAUAGAUUCGCCGGUCAAUAUCACUUUGUGAAUGGGCCGCUUGGGCCCCGAUUUAAAAAUCUCAAUCGCCGCAAGCUCUGCCAGGGCCCGGAUCGGGCCGUCUGCGUGAUUAAGGAUUGGAUUGGAGAUGAUGUGCGGACACCAAGAUGGACUUCGUCUGGGACUGGGGAGUGA